UCAGUCCGCGAACGGGGCACUUGCGAAGAUGUCAGCUAUCAGCAUACGCGCCAUGAGAAUGGAGGACUUCGACGAGGUCGAGGCCUUUCUCGCGGAGCACUUCUUCAAGCAGGAGCCGCUGAUGCUGAUCCCCCAGGAGGAUCCCAAGCAGAGCGAGGUGAUUCCCGCCGAGGCAGAGCUGCACCGCUCGCUCAUUCCCCAGGAUCUCUCCCUGGUGGCCGUUGACGGGGAGCGCAUUGUGGGCGUCGUUCUGGCCGGUGAACUGGCGCCCGAGGAUCUGGAGCGGGAGUACCAGGAGGCUGAGCACAAGGAGGCGGUGUUCCUGCUGGACAAGAUACACAAGUUUCUGGCCGGCAUCGAGCGGCAGGCCAACAUCUUCGAGCACUACGGUGUGGAGCGGGCCCUCUACCUCUACAUGCUCGGUGUGGACACUACAGUGCGGCGCCAGAGAGUGGGCACCCGCCUGGUGGAGGCCACCAUUGAGCUGGGUCGCCAGCGGGGCUAUCCCCUUGUGACGUCUACCUGCACCAACAUGAACUCCCGGCGCCUCAUGACCGCCCUGCACAUGGAGUGCGUCCUCUCGAAGGAUUACGCGGACUACAAGGACGAACACGGGGAGAUCGUCCUGCGGGCAUCCGAACCUCACACCUCCGCCAGUGUCGUGGCCAUACGACUGUAAGGGUAGGAAAGUUACCAAAGAAUAUAGAACCACAGCUAAGGUAUAACAUCAUGUGGCAAAGAGCAUAUGUAGGUAGUUAAUAUACAAUAAAGGGAGGGGGAAUCGUGAGAAACUGAACCGAAUUCGCUAGAUAAGAAAGCUCUGUUUAUCUCUAGAAAUUGUAAACAACAUCAUAUCGCUUUCAGUUAAACUUUAUAGAUAAAUCAGUUAAAUCAUAAUCAUAAGUGUUUGUUGUUGACUUCUAGGGUGUUUGCAAAUAAAUAAGUAAGCUUGCCAUUAACCAA